GUAAAGUCUCUUUGCUCCAUUUGAUUAGUAUAUGUGGUCUUAGUGUGAGCCAAAUGUGCUCCACAAUAACCGUAGAAAAACACAAACGUGCUUCUUCUUUUUUUGGUAGACACCUCAUAUGACUCACCGGUAGGUGAUUCUCACCUACAAAACUAUACACGAAACCGAGACAAUUCACAGAGGACUUCCAAUUUUCCACCCUUCAGUUUCAGAUUUGAGGCACAGUACUACAAUGGCAGACACCAUAGUCCUCUAUGCAGCUCCAGGAAUGGGGCACAUGAUCUCCAUGGUGGAGCUCGGCAAGCUCAUUCUCAAGCACUACUCCCACAAAUUCUCCAUCACCGUGCUCUACACCACUGGAAGCCUCGUCGACACACCGAGCAUCCCCGCCUACAUCGAUCGCAUCAGACAAUCCCAUCCCUCCAUUUCCUUCCUCCGCUUCCCACGCACCGCCGCAGCUAGCCAACCUGACCAAACUCGCAGCAUGGCCGCCGUAAUGUUCGAGUUCAUCCGUCAGAACGACCCCAACGUCCGUCUUGCUCUACAAGAUAUCUGUAAAACAUCUAAAGUCAGCGCCUUCAUCAUUGAUCUCUUCUGUACCUCUGCCAUGGUCAUUGCCAAGGAGCUCAACAUCCCUACUUUAUAUUUCUUCACUUCCGGCGCGGCGGCUCUCGGUGUCUUCUUGUACUUCCCGACUAUCAAUGCACGAGUUGACGAGAGCUUCAAGGAUAUGGCCGACACUGUUUUUGAGUUUCCGGGAUUGGUGGCUCCUUUACGCGCUGUGCACAUGGUUGAGCCGAUGCUCGAUCGGAACGAUCCGGCGUAUUCGGACAUGGUAUAUUUCUGCUCUCAUCUUGCACAAUCAGAUGGAAUCAUAGCCAACACUUUUGAAGAUCUCGAGACUCCGGCUACGAUUAAGGCCAUUUCUGAAGGUCGAUGUGUUCCUCAUGCUCCAACUCCUCCUGUCUAUUAUAUAGGACCCUUGAUCGAUGAAGAAAAGGCAUCCGGGUCUGCACAGUCGGAGGAGGAGUGCUUGUCGUGGCUGGAUAAGCAGCCGAGUCGGAGCGUGGUGUAUCUCUGUUUCGGAAGCAGGGGAUCAUUCUCGGAAGCCCAAGUGAGAGAGAUUGCAAAUGGGUUGGAGAGAAGCGGUCAGAGGUUCUUGUGGGUGGUGAAAAAGCCACCUGCUGGCACCUGCAAGCAGAUUCAUGGCGUCAAAGACUUCGAUUUGGAUGCUCUUUUGCCGGAAGGCUUCUUGGAGAGGACUGAAGACAGGGGCCUGGUAAUGAAGUCGUGGGCGCCGCAGGUGACGGUUCUGAAGAAGGAAGCGGUGGGAGGAUUUGUGACUCACUGUGGGUGGAACUCGGUGUUGGAAUCAGUGACAGCCGGGGUGCCAAUGGUGGCUUGGCCGCUCUAUGCAGAGCAGCAUCUGAACAGGAGUGUUCUGGUGAAGGACAUGAAAAUGGCGAUUGAUGUGGAGCAGAGGGAGGGAGAUGGGUUCGUGACCGGGGAUGAAGUGGAGAGAAGAGUUAGGGAGUUGAUGGAGUCGGAAAAUGGAAGAGAGCUCAGCGAGAAGAGCUUGAAAGUUCGGGAGAUUGCUUUGGGUGCUCUGGGAGAGCUUGGUUCCUCCAGAAAAGCUCUAGCCAACUUUGUGAAGGCCAUUGAAUGAUUUGUUUCUCUAAUCUGUGUUUAUGAAACUAUGAAUACGAAUGUCAAGUAGUUUUGGAUC